AUGCUGGAACACAUUCAAUCGGGCCCACCGGACCCUAUGUUUGUUCUUAAAAAGAUUGCAGACAAUGAUCUUAGCCCAGGGAAAGUUGAUUUGGGUGUUGGGAUUUACCGGAGCGAAGCUGGCUCUUAUCAAGAGCUAGACGUUGUUAAGCAGGUGGGUGUUCCACUUCCGCCGCUAAAUAUUUCACAGUAUGAGCAGACGACUGGAGAUGCAGAUUUUCUUAAACUUGCUGCAGGUGUAAUGUUUGGAGAUGAUUCUCAAGCUUUAGCAUGCGGAAAGAUUUCAUCUGUUCAAACUAUCUCUGGCACUGGUGCCAACUCUCUUGGCGCUCUGCUGAUUGCAAAGACAAUGCAGCCUAAGCCUAAAGUUUACAUCGGCAUACCCACGUGGGGAAACCAUAUCCCGAUCUUUGAGAACGUCGGCUUGGAAACAAGCACCUACUCUUAUCUCGACUCGACAGGACACGCAGUAGAUCUUUCUGCCAUUCUUAAUGCCGUGCGAACAGCCCCUCGAGGUAGCGUCUUUGUGUUGCAGGGAUGCUGUCAUAAUCCUUCAGGUGUAGAUUUGAGUGUCAAUCAAUGGAGAGAACUAGCUCUGGAGAUGAAAUCAUAUGGCCAUCUGCCAUUCUUCGACACGGCUUACCAAGGUCUUGGAGAUGGGCUUGACGAAGAUGCCUCCGGCGUUCGAAUCUUUGUGGAUACUGGCAUAGAAAUGUUUGUCUGUCAGUCAUUUUCAAAGAACUUUGCUUUGUAUGGGGAAAGGUGUGGAGCACUGCAUGUGGUAGCUGGUUGCACUCAAGUGGCUGCCAAUGUCCAAGACCAGCUUCGGAGCUUGAUACGUCAUACAUAUUCUUCAUCCCCAGCAUAUGGGAGCCGUUUGGUCAAGACUGUACUGAAAAGUCCUGACUUGAGAGCAGCCUGGGCCAUGGAACUUGAAGGCAUGAGAAAGCGACUGGAGCGAAACCGAUCUGCCCUGCAUUACCAUUUGACACAAGUCCUAGGGACACCUGGGAAUUGGGACCAUCUUAUUAAAGAGAAAGGAUUGUUUUCGUGCCUUGCACUUUCCCCAUUUCAAUGCAGGAUUUUAAUUGACACGCACCACAUAUAUUUGCCGCAGUCUGGGCGUAUCAAUAUAGCGGGUUUGAGCGAGGCGAAUGUCGGACGUGCAGCUGAGGCCAUUGACAAAGUUGUUCGACUCUCAGGAGAAUAA